AAUCUCGCGACAGAUACUCGCCGUUUUAUGUCUGUAGCUGAGGAAAGCCAUGGCUGAGAGUAAUAUCUGUUGUUUGUGUAAAAUUAACAAAAAUAACGGCUUUUCUGUCCGGAUUAGGAAAACUUUAACGCUGCAUUGUUAAUGCCAAUAGACAAGGAGCACCAGCACCAGGUCUUCAGCCAGCUCAUUUACAUCCCAGCUCAGUUUCCAUACUCCUCCAGGAUGCUUUGGAUUCAGUCUCUUCUUAACAGUGUGCAUCGUAAAGUUCAUCAGCAGACAUAAACCCCACUGAUUUUCAGCUUGCUGAAAAUCCGAAGGACUGCAGUCUUCACUCAUUAUCUGUAUCUGUGGUUCAUUCCUAUGGCUUCAAGACCAUCUGGAAUGCCAGCCCUGGAGUCGGGAGGUUCGGAGGGGAUGCUUGAGUCGUUGUCUCUGCCGAUCGGGAUGAAUCGGCGUGCGUUCAGCUACGAUGACGCCCUUGAUGACCUGGGCCCCAUGACUCCACCCCCUUCAGACAUCAGUGCCAACAUACUGUGGAAGAAGCCCAUCAUCCCAGAGAGGAAGUACCAGCAUCUCUCUGAGGUAGAAGAAAACGGACAGGUCCUGCCCCCUUUCCAUGCCAGUGACACUGCUAGCAAGCCCGCUGUGCCAGUGGUUAAGGCGAAGGCUACAUCCAUCAUCAUGAACUCGCUUAUCACAAAGCAGACCCAGGAGAGCAUCCAGCGCUUUGAGCGGCAAGCAGGCCUGACGGACACGGGCUACACCCCCCACAAGGGGCUGACUGCAGAGGAGACUCACUACCAUCGCGUGGCAGAGGCAGUGCAUAAGCUGAAGAUGCAGAGUGGGGAGUCCAAAGAGGAGAAACAGACAUCAUCUGCACAGUCCACACCUAGUGGGACACCUCAGACAUCCCCCAAACACAAACGCAGGGGCUGGUUCAGUCAGGGUUCAACAGCCUCCCUCACUGGUUCUGAAAUUGCCAGUACUAAUUCCAGCAUUGAUAUGGGUCCUGUGGAGGGAGGAACAACUGAGAAGUGGAGUCUCUUUGGUCCUCGACAUGUUGUCCAGAAAUCCACCACUGACCCAGGAGGAUUUGCUUUGCAGUCUUACCGUGGUGCUCAGAAGCCUACCCCAAUGGAGUUGAUGCGAGCACAGGCCACCCGUUUAGCCGAGGAUCCUGCAAACUUGAAACCCCCAAGGAUGGAUGUACCAGGCAUGGACGUGAAGAGGCAGGCACCCCGAUCACACAACCUCAAACCCCGUGACAUGAACGUGCUUACCCCUUCCGGCUUCUAGUGACCCCAUAGAUUAAACAUGGACCAGUCUUUGGACCUUGACUCCCUGCCCCUGAGGGAUUGUCUUGGCUCCUGUUCACUUCUUUAAAAGGACCUGCUGCAAGGGAUCUCUCGGAUCACCCAUUUAGAUGCGCGUUAGGUUUUGCAAGGAUUGUUGUUUAUAUGUCUACUAGAUAUCAUCACUUAACGUUAAUCCAAGUAAAAUACCGGUGUGUGUAUAUAUACAUAACAUUCAUUGCCUUUUUUCGAAUCCCAGUCAAGUUUUUAAGUUAGUGUGACAGUAUGUAGGUGUCAAAAACAGCUCCUUUCUAUAUACAUGGAAGAUUUUCUUUCAAGGAUCAAUAUUAGCUUAUACAGCUAGUUUACCAAGAUAUUUUGAGAUUGUGGUUUUUGACACAAUUAUGCCUUUGGCGGUUUUAUUUUUUUUCCAUAAUAUUAAGUGUAGUGCAGAGAAAGUUCCUGACAUUUCUGACUGGGCUGUAAGUAAACUUGUGGUUAGCUGAAAGUGUUAAUUUCUUCUGAGCAGAGCAGGUGUCUUCAAGCUUGUCACUUGUAACAGAUCCAUUGAGUAGACUUUUUUGUUACAUGUAUAUAACCAUGUUCCUGUAUAGUAUUAGUCACUGUCGUGUGCAUGGUCCUUCCCCCCCGCCCCCUUGCAAUCCAUGUAUGCACUGUGUUGGGUUGUGCUUGUUUAAUUAGCAGCCAUUGUACAUUUAAAGGAAUUGUCGCUGAUCCACUUUGUAUUGUGCAGCUACAUUUGAUGCAGUUAAAAUACUGAAUUAUCAGAAAACAUUUAGAUCAAGACUGGAGUGCAGAUUAGCUAUCUAAUUUAUUUUAAUUUCAUUCUCAUUUUGAUGAUGAACAUAAUUUCAAUGUUUUGUUCUUAUGUAAUAAAGCCAAACCUCUUUAAAUAUGUUUAAGUAACACUAA